UCAGUCAGCCGAGUGGAACUGGUGCGGCUGCUGGAGAGACAGGCAGAGAGGCAGAGAGGCUGUGCUGAACAGACGCUGGGUCAGAGCGCUCAGUUGCUUCAGACAAUCACGGGGGAGUGAGAGAAAGACACAGGAAAAGAGACGGACAGAGAGAGAGAGAGAGAGAGAGAGAGAGACAGAACACCACAUAGAUAGAUAGAUUGAAAAGAGAGAAAGAGGAGGGAGGGAAAUAUGUGACAGGAUGUGGUUUCCCUGAGCUUGCAGAACAUCGGUAUACAGGCAUACUUUGAGCAUGACCUAAACACACCAAGCUUACAAGUGUGUUUCGGCUCUGUUAGGUGGCGAGGGAGGGAAGACGAAGCAAACCGCUGGAGCUGCUGCUGCUGCUGCUGCUGCUGUCGUGCCCGUAGAGCCGACAGACCCUCUGGUUUCUCUGUCGCCUGCUGGAUUGUGUGUCUUUGAAGCCAGCCAGCUCCACAGCAACCUCAGUCAGCUUGCCGGACAGGAUCUGAACCCGUCCUCCAUCCUCUCUUUGUGCUGGUCUCCCUUCAAGUAGAAUGCGUUUGUCUGCUGGAAGCUCUGGUCCAGUUGCUGCCUUCGCAUCCAAGGAGUGAACUUUUCAACGCCAUUGUGAAACAGGGUCCGUGCACUGAGAGACAGACACGCCGUGGAGCCAUGGGCUGUGGGCUGCGUAAGAUGAAGCCGGCGUCGGAGGAGAGCAGUCCCGGGAAGAUUUACUCCACUUUGAAGAGGCCACAGGUGGAGACCAAGAUGGGAGUGGCUUACACCUACCGCUACCUGGACUUCCUCAUCGGCAAAGAUGGUGGGACGUCCACGCUGCGUCUCUCGUCGGUGCGGGAGCUGCCAGGCCAGCUGCAGGAGCUUUACCAGCAGGGCUUUGUUUUGGCGGCCGUUCACCCGUUCAUCCACCCCUGUGGUCCAGAGUCCAACAGUCCUCAGCACCAGCUCUACCGGGCCAUACUGGUCCGACUCAGCGACGGGACAGAAAGGAGCCAGUCAGUCUGCCCACCUUGCAAACUGCAGCUGGAAGAGUGUCUGUCUGCAGAGCAGGUGCCCACCCCAGAGCUCAUCCAGGGCUACGUCAAGAAGCAGAUCCAGGAUGCUGCUGACCAGGGGGUGAUGUUUGUGGGAUUUGUCCAGGAACCCUAUGGGGCUCCAUGCACCAGGAUCAGAGAACCAGAAACCCCCUCCCUUUCCUUGCACUCCAGCCCCAGCUCUGUGUUCGGUUCCCUGGGCAGCUGCAGCCCCUCGAACCCCUCAAGCCCAAGAAACCAGGCAGAACCAGGAGCUGAAGCUGACACAGUGAAGAAAGAGGGGGAGGAAGAGGCUUCGUGUGGGGCUGGGGAAGGAGCGACGAGUGGAGAGAACACUGGGAACCAUUCAGGGACCGGGGUGGAGGGCAGUCUCGAUGAGGUCUCGCCCGCGGUGUCUCCAGUAUCAGAGGGAGAUCUGGAGCGCAGUGAGGAUCAGACGGAGGAGGAGUCGCCAUGUCACAAUAACAACAAAGACAGUGGCAGAGACACAAAGGAGAGGCUGAGAUACCGCCUACGGAGGGGCGAUGGGGUGGAACUGCUCGCUUUGUACAACCACCCGUCGGUCCGAGAGGGCCAGGCGAAGUACUACACUGUCAAGGUGCCACUGCACGUUCAAAACUGUGACGAGGGGGUCAAAGGCGUGGAGGCCAACUGGCUGGAUCACAUGACCCAGCACUUCAACAAUGGAGCCUCACUGGUCGAUGGUUACUUCCACCUGGGCAACGUGAAUGAUAUGCUGCCUAAAUCGGUGGAAAGCGUCUUCAUCUUCCAGGAGGGGAGCGAAGGUGAGCUGAAUGCAGCCACAUACGACGCCAUCGUAGUGGAGCAGUGGACCAUCAUUGAUGGUUUACAGGUGAAGGCAGAUUAUAUUCCUUUGCUUCAGUCCCUGGCCACGUAUGGAUGGAGACUCACCUGUGUGCUGCCAACUCCUGUAAUCAAGACUAACAGUGAUGGAAGUCUGUCCACCAAGCAGGUUGUUUUCCUGCAGAGACCCGUCUUGAGCCGAAAGAGGAGGGAAUCAAAGAAAUUGAUCUUCAAGCCCCGAAGCAAGUCCAACAAGAACUGCAUCAAAGACACAGCAAAGAACAAGAAGAAGAAAAAAACAAAAACUGAAAAGGAUGCAGAGGAUCCCAAGAUUCUUGAUGACAGAGAAAAAAUUGAGAAAGAGGAAGACAAGAGUAGGGAUGAAAGGGUGAGCACCACAGAUGUUGAGGCAGCAAGAGAAAUUGAGGCAUUGAAAGAAAGGGAGGUUAGGUGUGAGGAAGAUAGAAAGAUUGAUGAGGGGGUCGAAAUCAGCAUAGAAACUGUUGAGGAGAAAGAUGGAGGAGCAGAGAAAGAAGAUAAAGGAGCAGAAAACGGCUCAGAAGAAGAGGGAGAAGAAAAGGCAGCAAAAGAUGGAGAGGGAUCAAAAGAGAACGGAGAACCUUUUGAAAACGGCGAGGUCCAGGAGGUGACGGAAAUCGUUGCGACUGUCGAAACACAGAGCAAGACCAAAGAGAAGGAGGACGAGGGCGUAGCAGAAGUUGAAGCUGUGGUCGAAAACGGGAUCGAGACGGACGAGGAGGAGAAAGACAAGGGCGAAGAGAACGCGAUCAAACACAAGGCAGAGGAGCCAGCAGACGUGGAGGUCAUUGCCAAGGAGACUGUGGCAGAUUCACAGGCCACACCGACUAAUCACAGCCCAGAGGAGACUCAAGAGUAGCCCCAAGUAGUCAAUGUCAAGGUUUAUCCCCGCCCUACCUCUCAAAUUCCCCAACUUAAGAACUGGUUCACAGUGUUGUCCCUGAUCCAAAUUAAAGGGGCUUUGAUCUCCAUCACUGCAGUAUUCUCCAAACCUACCAUCUUUUCAUAGACGAUUUCCCCGCCCGAAACCUGCCGCAGUAAAGCGACAGGACGAGUCCAUGCAACUGCUUACAUCAGCCCUACUGUAUAACCACACAUACUGAAUGUAUAUAUCCAAGACAGAGGAUGUUGGUGCAGGACAGUCAAUGUGGAGACACUGGAACAACUGGAUGAGGAUCAGCAGGGGGUUAAAUGCCUAUAACGAUGCCAUGAUCAGAUUAAGUGCAUUCUUCUUCUCCUUAAGAAGAAUGACAAACUGUUUAAAGGCCUGGUCACGCCAGCAUCUAAAAUCACGACGUUCAGAAAUGUAACAAAUGUCAUUUACUUUUCAAAUAAAUCAAAGAUAUUAGUGGCGUGUUGGAGAUCAGCGACUGAGUUAACUUUCUAACUGGAAAUGGUUCAUCAAAUGAAACGGUGUCCAAACGGAACAGAACAGUGCUGUAAAGCCAGCAGAGCUACUGAGGCUGACUAAUCCGGGCAUGUCCUGGUGGUUAGCUGUGAUCACGUCACCGAGCCUCGAAGGCACAAAUUACACUGUGCCUCAUUCUGAUGUGACCAGGCCCUUAAAGAAGGGAGGAGGCUUAGAUGAUUCUCAUUGUAUUCAGUGUGCAACGCAGAAAUUGAUGCCGACUUUCAGCCUGUUCAGUCUGAUAAAAGUUAAUUAGAUAAACUGAAAUAACAGCAGUGAUGUUUUUAUUCCAAAUUAUAGUGAACCGAAGAAAGUUCUCUGCUCGGUUUUGGGGAAUAGUUUGAGAAAACACAAGUCCUAAAAGGUCUACCCAGAUGUAGCACCUGUUACAAGGUGUACUUUCACGUGACAGCUGAGCAGUUCUCUUCAGUUUGCUGAGAAAAGUCACCUCCGAAAUCCAAGAAGCAGAAUCAUGAGGGGACGCGGCUGACAAUACAAAGGCGGGUCUGCUCACAAAGACGUCUUAUGUGAUCUCGGACCGUGAACUGUCCCGUUCCUCCGUUAUGUGCACCAUGGCAAGUUGUGAUGUGGAGAGAACUUGAAGGAGAACUCUGGUAGAGGUGAUGGGAAAGGCGUUCGUUGCGACAGGCAAUCCAAAGUAAGGUGAAGAGAUAAUUGUUUACGCUGAGCUCUAAGCCGUCAAGUGCUUCAAAGAGAGCUGAUAAUCACUCUUUGGUGUUGUGUGCUAAGCUCACCUUGCAUACAGAAUGUUCCAUAUUCAAAGCCAAGUCAGAUAAGGAUGUGAAAUUCAGCUGAAUGUUAGCAGCUCGAGGCAACACUCACAUUUAGAUACACCCAGUUAGCUUUCACGUGCAGGAGUGAGGUUUUAUUUCUGCACAAAGUUGCAUUUUUAAUUACGUUUCCAGUCAAUGGCCACAAACAAAAAGCGCUUGUCAGUGUGGAAACAAGGUUAAGCUGCGUGGUCGGGACCAAGCUUUGUUGUUUACGGAGAUCAAAUCCGAAGAUUGGAAAAGGAGGAAUUGAAACAAAGAGAGAGGUUGAGAGCAAAAGAGAAAAACCACAGAGCAUAAGAGAGUCAAAUAAAAGAAAUGAAUUGGCUCAUUUAAAAUAACGGCCGUUUGCGUCCCACAUUCCCCGUUGAGAUUUCCUUUAUUAUUUUACCUCCAGCUCUUUAAGCACCUCUUACCAGACAUCAUUUCUGACAAUAAGCAAGUCAUAAUGUGCUGUUUCACUGCACCGUGUAGCUUUCCAUUUUAAAAGUGUGGGGUGGAGGGUGGAGGGUGGCGACGUUCACGGUGUAGAGCUCUCAUUAGCUCCCUAAUGGAUUUUGUCAGUGGGGUAUCUGUCAGGAAUCAUGCAUUUAUAAUGGGGGUCACUUAUUGGAGGAGCUAUUGACAGCAAAACACCUCAACAUGUCAAGCAAAUCGCCUUCAGAUUUACCGGUGAUGUCACAGGGAGUCGUUUGCACUGAGCAGGAAGAGUUUGUGUUACAAAUGCGAAAUUCAGCAAGGAAAUUACACGCACUUCACAAUAAAAUAUGUCAGAAAACCUAUUUAUUAAAAUAUUUGGUUAACCGAGAACUUAAACUACCUGCCGCCCUGCUUUAUUCAGACGAUAAUCUGUCAUAAUUUGGAUCUUUUGUUUUAUGAGAACAGAUGAUGCAGCGCUGUCUGUUCAAGUACACACAAGUGAGAUAGAUUAUUCUGAAUAAGUGCUCUCCUUAAUGAAUCCAUCCGCCGCUGAGAUUUUUUUAAAUGUAAAAAUGGCAAAAAGUGUUUUUGUGUAGAGUAGAGUAUAAAAACUGUGACCAGCUUAGCCUUAUUACUAUCCUGUAAAUGGCCCACGAUCUGCUUUUAGAAAUGUCUUUUAGAGGCGCCUUGGUGACUUCAGUGUUCUAUGUUUGUUAUAGUCAAACAGGAAAGCUUUGCUACAGUCAGUGUUGGUAUUUUGAAGCUGUUGUUCACUGUUUUAUUGCUGACGUUCAGAGUGAGGGGAUAAAAGAUUUGAAGUGUUUAUCUGUAUGAAGGUGAUGUGUUUUGGAUUUAUUUUUAGGAUGUUUAGAACUUUUUUUUGUUAUCAUUAUUCCUGUGAAUGUUCUGUUUUCGAGUCGAGAGAUUUUUAUGGCGACUUUGUGUCGCCUCUGCUGUCCCACUGAAGCUUGCUAAAAAACUAUUUUCUGACUGACUCUUCGAGCUACCUCCCGAGGACUGUUGUUGGUUUAAAACAGCGGAGGGGGGUCACCGCCUUUGUGACCUCCACAAACAUAUGCUCCUUGUCCUCUCGCCCUCCACUAUGACAGAGCCCAGACCGCUGAGCGCGAGGUCGUCGCUAAUGGCAGGCGAGGUCAAAGGUCGUAUUUGAGCCAGAGUGAGUUUUUCCACAGCUGUACACAGGAGUUUGCACGAGCACAUGACAAAUAACCACUAUAUUGAAUCAAGAUAUGAAGUCAUAUCACAAUAUUCUCUGUGGUAUUUUCUUUUCUUUCUUUUUUUUUUAUAAUUAAACUCUCAACCGCUUUUAGCUUUCGGCUGUUUGAGCGAAGCACUUAUUGUAAUCAUGAAAUAUUUCGUGCUGCCUCUGGCAUCACAGCUGCUGGGGAGCAAAUGAGACUCAGCCGUCACUUUCACACGUUUGUUAGAAUGUGACAGAUAUGAAGCCUGAACGACAAUACCAAAAGACGCCUUUCGAUAGCUGACAAGAUCAUUUUGAAUAUGUGAGAAAUUCACCCCCAGUGAAUCUUGGUAAACUUAUUUUAAGUCAGAUUUAAUCAGCAGCAUAAACUGUCAUCUAUCUGUUUAACGAAUAUGAAUUUGUUUCAAUACUUUUUUGUUGUUGUUGUUGUUGUUGGUCUUUUGGUUUUUUUAAUCUGAAUCUGUGACGUUUAUUCCCCCUGCACAUCCUGUGAAAACAGUCGGCUCAUAUUCCAAUUUAUCUAGAGGAGCGGAGUUUGGAAAAUCAGUUAAGCAGCGAGGUGAUCUCACGCGACACGACUGUUUUUCAACUCCCACUACUUUCCCGUCGGACAUCCGCAAACAUGGACGAGUUUGCAACCUUGACAAAAGGUUCAGACCGGCUCCGCAUCCGCCCGUCCCACCUGAGGCCGUGGCCUUCGGGGGCCCCUUCGUUCCCUGAUAAGGCCUGAUUGGUUGCAGUGCAGUCUAACCUCUGACAUGAGUGCCCUCCAGGGGACUGUGGGUAAUUGUGAUUUUUUUUUCUUUGUCUGGUAUUAGAAAAAAGAAAAACACAGGCGGAGAAAAAAGUGAGGCAGGAUUUGACACUUCAUCACUUAAACGAUGCUGAACCAUGUUAACGUGGCCAUCCGUGAAAAGAAGGAGACCGUUGAAUAAUGUUAGUCUUAAAUAUACAUUUGCAGCCCUCUACCCAUCUGUGUAGGAAAAAAACGGUAACAUACAGUUUCCUGUCUUAUAUCAGCAUAAUUGUCUCUGAGCCUCAAUAGUGGCUGGUGCAAUCAUUCUUGGUAAUACUGUUAAAAAAAAUAAUAAUAACAAUAAUAAUAAUAAAAAGUAAUGGUUCAUUUCCUGUGUGCUACUAUGAUGUGAAAUGGGCAGAAUAGAAACGACAGAACAUGAUACAAUAGGACGCCGUCUUUUUUUUUCUGUGCUGUCGCUUGCUCACAGCCUCUGGAAAAUGUGUUCUUACGUUUUUGUCUCUGAUGUUAGUUUUUUGUUUUUUUAUCACCUCGGCUGCCAUCUUGAAUGUUGAGUAUCUUUGAUCAUACGCUGAUGUCACCUGCAUAGCGAUGUUUGCUAUCGAGGAAGAAAAAGUAUUCUGUAUGUCCACAUUCCUAUUGUUCAUGACAUCUGUACAAUUUGUAUAUUAUAAAAUGAUUUAUAUUUAAUGUGUA